GUAGGAAAGAGAGCUAGGAGUAGAACAUAGAGAUCAUGGAGAGCUCUUUUGAGUUUCCAAGAGAUGAAAACAAAGAUGUUUCACUUCAAGAACUGCGAGACAGGCUUGCUGAGUUUGCUCAAGUUAGGGGUUGGGAACAAUACCACAGUCCUAGAAAUCUCCUUCUCGCACUAGUUGCAGAGGUUGGAGAGCUGUCGGAGAUUUUCCAGUGGAAGGGUGAAGUUGCAAGAGGACUACCAAACUGGAGCUCUGAUGACAAAGAGCAUUUAGGAGAGGAGAUCUCUGAUGUGCUGCUCUAUUUGAUCCAGCUUGCCGAUGUUUGCGGCCUUGAUCUUGGACAAGCAGCACUCAGUAAGAUUGUCAAAAAUGCUAGGAAGUACCCAAUUCCUAACCAAACACCAGCUGAAGCUUCAACAAAUUAGCUAGCCAUUUUUCAUGUAAUAACCAACUAGCUAGCUUUCAAGAACCAGAUUACCUUUUCAAUUCUGUGUAUUUUGAAUCUUUAUUUGGAAAAUCUAUGUAAUGUGCUUCUUGUUUGAGAAAUGAGAAUAAGCUGGAGUAUGUUUUAGUGUUAUCUGGUAACUAGAAACUAGGCCAUUGCUUUGAA